CUCCGGAAAGCCUAAAGACACGCCUCUCUGUCAUGACGCCGUCGCGAGUACGGAAGCAGAUUGCCUGUUACUUUCCAUAGACAGUUAAAGAAGAUACUUUCCCACAUGGUGUGAAAAUGGCUGCGAAUGAGGAAAAACAACAGGGCCACAGGCCCGGCAUAUAUAAACAGAAAAAUAAAGGCCACAAACAUGGCAAGCACCGGACGAAAGGGGAAAUUGAGAGAGAAAACAAAGGGAGAGUGUCAGUGACGGCCCUUACCAAAAAACAGAGGAAAGAGCAGAAGAGGAUGGACAGAAGGCACAAAGCCAGCCAGCUACGCAGGAAUAAGAAAGACAUGGUCCUGACAGAGAAGCGACGUCUAGGCAGCCGGGAUGGUCCUCCUCAUUUGGUCGCUGUGGUGUCCCUCCAUGCUGGAGUCGAUGCCGGUGCUGUUACCAAACUGCUACGUGGCGAGGGUACUGGGGGCGUCGUACAUCAGGAGCGGUGCAUCAGUGGGAUCCCUGACAGUUUUGGACUGCUUCUGCCUCGUUUUAAACAAAGGUUCAUCUUCCUAAGCCACAGCACGGCGGACAUACACUCCCUGCUGGAUGUGGCAAAGAUUGUAGAUAGCCUUGUAUUUGUGCUGGACUCGACUGAAGGUUGGGACAGCUAUGGAGAUUACUGUCUCUCUGGCCUCUUUGCCCAGGGCCUCCCCAGCCAUGCGCUGGUGUGUCAGGGUUUGUCUGAUAUUCCUGUGAAGAAGAAGGUUGAGUCCAGGAGAGCUCUGUCAAAGAUCACAGAGAUCCGUUUCCCUGAAGCCCGUCUCUUCCCUCUUGAUUCGGAGCAGGAUGCCACUCUGCUUCUCCGACACCUGGGCACCCAGAGGCAGAGAAAGCUCGGUUUCCGCUCCAGACGUUCCCAUCUUGUGGCUCAGCAAGUCACCUUCACGCCCAACAGCCCUGCUGAGGGGACAGCCGGCGGCCCCACUGGCCUGGGCACCCUCUGUGUCUCUGGGUACGUUCGUGGCCGUCCUCUACAAGUUGACAGACUGGUGCACAUCAGUGGACAUGGAGACUUUCAGCUCAGUCAGAUAGAUGCUCCAUCGGACCCUCUGCCCCUCAACUUAACAACAGCCAGACCAACAAAGCCUGGCAAGGGAGACGUCGACAUGCUGGACGGAGUUGAAGCUGAGGCUCCAGUGAGGGUGCUCAUGAAAGCCGACCCCUCCUGCCGGGAGAGUCUGCAGGCAGAGGCCGAGGUGGACCCCAUGGAUGGAGAGCAGACGUGGCCGACAGAAACCGAGCUUCUGGAAGCUGAAGAGGCCAGGAAGACAAAACGUGUGAUGAAGGUCCCCAAAGGAACCUCAGACUACCAGGCCUCGUGGAUUGUCGAUGAAGACGAGGAGGAGAAUGGAGAGGUAGACGAUGAAAGCAGCGAAGAAGAUGAUGACGAUGACGACAUGUUGGACGAGGCCAUGGAUGGAGGGGAUGAGGACAAUAUGUCUCAGGAGCCAGGUUCAGGCUGUGUCUCAGAAGAAGAAGAAGAAGAAGAGGAGGAGGUUGAAGAGUUGUGCUCCACAGAGCGAACUGGUACAGAUCUGCGCUAUGACGAGCACAUUGAUGAGGCUGCAGAAGUGGAAGGCCUAAAACGCUACCGUGAGGCUCGAGCCAAUGAAAUGUUUCCUGAUGAGGUGGACACACCCCUCGACAUAGCAGCUAGAAUCAGGUUCCAGCGCUACAGGGGCCUAAAAAGUUUCCGCGCCACGCCCUGGGACCCCAUGGAGAACUUGCCCCUCAACUACUCUCGCAUCUUCCAGUUUCAGAGCUUUGAACGCACUCGCCGCCGCGUCCUAGCAGAGGCUGCAGCUGAGGAUGAGGGCGCAAUGGUGGGCUGGUAUGUUACGCUGCACAUCAUUAACGUGCCUUUUUCUGUGAUGGAGAGUGUCCAGUCAGGCAGACCUCUCAUGAUGGUGUCUCUCCUGCCCCAUGAACAGAAGAUGUCAGUGAUGCACCUCUUGGUGAGGAGACACCCCAGCAAUACAGAGCCGAUCAAAUCUAAAGAGGAGCUGGUGUUCCACUGUGGAUUUCGGCGGUUCAGGGCUUCUCCUAUCUUCUCUCAGCACACUUCAGCUGACAAGCAUAAGAUGGAGCGCUUCCUCAGGCCAGAUGCCCCCACCGUGGUGUCUGUGUACGCUCCGAUUACCUUCCCCCCUGCGGGAGUCCUGCUCUUCAAACAAAGGAAUGAUGGCAUCCAGGACCUAGUGGCCACAGGAAGUCUGCUCAGCUGUGACCCUCGGCGUGUUGUGCUGAAGAGGAUUGUACUGAGCGGACACCCGUUCAAAAUUAACCGUCGCUCUGCGGUUGUCCGUUACAUGUUCUUUAACAGGGACGAUAUCAUGUGGUUCAAGCCAGUGGAGCUGCGGACAAAGUGGGGUCGGAGAGGCCACAUCAAGGAGGCUUUAGGGACACAUGGCCACAUGAAGUGUGUAUUUGACAAUCAGAUGCGCUCGCAAGACACUGUCCUGAUGAAUUUGUACAAGAGAGUGUAUCCACGCUGGACAUAUGACCCCUACGUGCCGUUGUCUUUACCCUGGGUCAAGAGAGAGGCAACUGUGGAGAUGGACGACUUGGACAUGGAGUAGGGGAGGGACAACACAAGAAAAACACAGGACAUGUAUUAACAGAAGAGAAGUACUCUACAGUCUACUCUCUCAGUGUGAGCACAUAACCUGUGUAGUGUAAUGUAAUGUGUAAUAAAAAAACUUUACAUCCAAAGUAUCUCCUUGGUAAUUGUUGACAUCUUGUUCCAUAUUGCUAUGAAGCCUCUAAUUUGCGGCUGAGUGUGUUUGGGCCACUAGAUGGCAGUGAGAAAUAAGUAUUCAUAAA